AUGGGAUCAAUGUUCCUAAGCGAUGAGGAGUUGGGCAAGAAGGACGAUGACCACAAGCCAACUAAGGUUUCCACGAUCCGCCCCCCCCAAUGGAGUGUUGCGACCGGGGGCCCGCCUCGCAAGAUACUGAAGAGGCUCGCGAUCGCCUUGGCACUGGGCGUCUUCGUCUAUCUGUUUGUUCGCAACCUGCCCAGCGACGUCCCUGUUCGGGACCUCCGCCGCCCCGUGUAUAGGCCUGAAGUCCUCUCGGAUACGCUACGUGCGCCGGGGCCAAUGCCGAAGCUCAAGUCGGACGGGAAAGCGCCGAGGCCACCGAGGCCGGUCUCUCCACCACCGGCGCCUCCUCGGUCAGCUCCCGCAGCCCCGGAGGGCUCCUACAAUGGACCCCUCAUCUUCCCCAAGCUUCUCUCCUCUCUUCAAGCCAUAUACGGCACCGGCGGGUCCCAGACCUUGAACAAGAACGUUCUGUUUGCCGCUGCAAGCCUGAAGAGUGCUGCCCUGCUUCUUCCCAUUGCCUGCAAGAUGGGAGGGGAGCUGAGGAACUAUGUGCACUUCGCAUUGCUUGGCGGAAGUGAGGUCGACAUGGCGGAACUGCGUACCAUCAAUGGCAUCGAGGAGUCUUGCCAUGUCAUAUUUCACGACGCCCGCCCGGAUGCCGCGGCAACUUCGACUACAGAGCGCUUGAGGCUCAGCACCAUCCGCGCUCUAUAUCAUAUCAACAACUACAUGCAUCCGCAGGCCCUUCUCGUUGAUGCCUCCUCGGCAGAGGAGGGCUAUUUCCUCUCCGCUGCGAGGAAACAAGCUCCGGUUUCGAAGAUACCUCUGAUUGAAUUGCCCGAGAACGCCCAUUCGAGGCUUGGCUGGAUAACCAAACUGGAUAGCUCGUCGUUAGCGGCGUGGGACAAGAUCAGCAUUGACAUCUUGAUCCACGCAGCUCCCGGUGGCUCUGGAAACAUCAUCCAGUUGCUCAAGUCGUUGUCGGCAGCCGACUUCUCGGCCAGUUCCACUCCACAUUUGACCAUCGAACUGCCACAUGGCAUUGAUCGUGCCACGACCGAGUUCCUGAGGACUUUUCAAUGGCCCCCAGGCCGCUUCAGGCAGCCCUCCCGUCCCCGGCAGUUCACUCUCAGGCAUCGCAUACCCCGCGGCAGACUGACCGAGGAGGAGAAUUCAGUGCGCUUCCUCGAGUCGUUCUGGCCUGCCAGCCCGAAAUACUCCCACGUCCUGGUCCUCUCACCGCAGGCCCAGUUGUCACCUCAGUUCUUUCACUACCUGAAGUAUGCUGUGCUGCAGUACCUAUAUUCAGGCGCCGCCCUUGUCCAGGAUUGGGACUCAAGGCUCCUUGGCAUUAGCCUUGAUCUGCCCUCGACGCACCUGGAUGGCUCCAAGCCAUUUCGGGCCCCUUCAGGAAAGGGAACAACUAGUCCACCGGGCGCAUCCGCCAGUGCUCCUACCCCCUUCCUCUGGCAGGCACCCAACAGUAACGCUGCGCUCUUUACGGGACAAAAAUGGGCUGAGCUACACGCGCUGGUUUCCAACUUGCUCGAGUUCCAACACCGGACACAAUCACUAGCUCCAUUCUUCACCACCAAGCUCGUCAGUAAGAGAUAUCCCUCAUGGCUGGAACACGCCCUGAAACUGUCCCGCGCUCGCGGCUACUGGAUGCUCUACCCGAGCGAGGCGAUGGCAAAAAGCCUAGCAACCAUACACAACGAACUCUACAGAGCGCCGGAAGAAUAUGAGACGGAACUUGAGAAAGGGAUGCUAGAGGAUAACACUGAGUUACCCCUCUUGGGGAGAACGCUUUUCGAAAGCUUGCCGGCCGGUGGAUCAUUGCCGCCGUUCGACGAAAUGCCGCUUCUGCAAUGGAACGGGGCGACGACGAGACUCUCGGACCUGGAUGAUGCUGCGACUGAUUAUGCGAGCGAUUUCAGACGUGCGGUAGGGGGCUGCCAGGAACUGGCCCCCGAGGACAUACUCCCGAAGACAUCAAUGAAGGACUUGUUCUGUACAAAGGACAAUUGA